GGGAGGAGAUCCGUCUGGAGCCAGCGAGCCCGGAGGAGGAAGAGGAGUAGGAAGGAGGGGAAGCCGCCGCCGCGCCCGGGCACCGAGCACGCACGCCCGGCGGCCGCGACCGCGCUCCGGCCCCGGCCCCGGCCCGCACCCGGCCCAGGACCCGCUGCGGACGGACGCCCGAGCUGAUGGGCAAGGAGGCCAUGGUGGCGAUAGGACGCGGCCGGUGGACGACGCGAGGUGGACGGCCGUGACUGGGGCGCCCCUCCCCGCCCUCCACGUGCGACCAUGCGGCCCGGGACAGGACGCGCCUGAGUGGGGGCCCCUUCCCUCCCCUCCUUCCUCCCGGGCUGCUGCCCGGCCCCGCCCGGUCCCCCUGGGCAGGCGCAGCGGGGCCUCCCGCGAGCCGUCCCCAUGGCCCGGCGCCGGUGGGGCGCGCUGUGGGCCUGGGCGUGCGUGGUGGCCGCCACCCUGCUGCACGCGGGCGGCCUGGCGCGCGGCGACUGCUGGCUGAUCGAGGGCGACAAGGGCUUCGUGUGGCUGGCCAUCUGCAGCCAGAACCAGCCGCCCUACGAGGCCAUCCCGCAGCACAUCAACAGCACGGUGGUGGACCUGCGGCUCAACGAGAACCGCAUCCACGGCGUGCAGCAGGCCGCGCUCAGCCGCUUCGGCAACCUCACGUACCUCAACCUCACCAAGAACGAGAUCGCCUACAUCGAGGACGGCGCCUUCGCCGGCCAGUUCAACCUGCAGGUGCUGCAGCUGGGCUACAACCGCCUGCGCAGCCUGACGGAGGGCGCACUGCGCGGGCUGGGCCGGCUGGAGUACCUGUACCUGCAGGCCAACCGCAUCGAGGUGGUCGCGCCCGGCGCCUUCGGGGGCUGCCCCAACGUCCUCAACAUCGACCUGUCCAUGAACCGCAUCCAGCGGCUGCACAGCGCCACCUUCGCCGGCCUGGCCCGGCUCUCGGCCUGCGAGCUCUACAGCAACCCCUUCUACUGCUCCUGCGAGCUGCUGGGCUUCCUGCGCUGGCUGGCCGCCUUCACCAACGCCACGCAGACCCACGACCGCGUGCAGUGCGAGGCCCCGCCCCCCUACGCCGGCUACUUCCUCCUGGGCCGGGGCCACGGCCAGCGCAGCAUCCUCAGCACCCUGCAGGCCGUGUGCACGGACGGCGCCUACGCGGCCGAGUCCCCCCCAGAGCCCGAGUCCCGCCCGGCGCCCGGCCAGGCGCCCCCCCCGCCGCCGCCCGAGCCCAGCGAUGCCCCCUGCGCCGCCGAGGACUGCUUCUCGGGCGACGGCACCACCCCGCCGGUGGCCCUGCCCACGCUGGCCCCCCAGGCCGGGGCGCGGCCGCUCAUCAAGGUCAAGCAGCUGACCCAGAACUCGGCCACGCUCACGGUGCAGCUGCCCAGCCCCUUCACCCGCGUGUACACGCUGGAGCACUUCAACAACAGCCGGCCGUCCACCGUGCACCGGCUGACCCGGCCGCUGCAGGAGGUGCGCCUGCCCAGCCUGGCCGCACUCACCAACUACACCUACUGCGUGGUGUCGGCCAGCUCAGGGCUGCUGCACAACCACACCUGCCUCACGCUCCGCCUGCCCCCGCCGCCCAGCCCGCCCAGCCCCGGGCCUGGCCCCGCCACGGCCACGCACUACAUCAUGACGGUGCUGGGCUGCCUGUUCGGGAUGGUGCUCGUGCUAGGCGCCGUCUACUACGGCCUGCGCCGGCGGCGCCGCGGGGAGAAGCACCAGGCGGUGGCUGCGGCCGGCGGCCUGAAGAAGACCAUCCUUGAGCUCAAGUACGGGCCGGAGCUGGAGGUGCCCGGCCUGGCCCCCCUGUCCCAGGGCCCGCUGCUGGGCCCCGAGCCCGCGACCCGCCUCCCCUUCAUGCCCGCGGCCGCCGGCGAGGUGGAGCCGUACAAGCCGGUGGAGAGCGAGACGCCCAAGGCCAGCAAGGGCACCUACAUGGAGGUGCGCACGGGGGAGCCGGCCCGGCAGGGCGCCGGGGGCCAGGGCUCGGUGACCGAGAUCUCCACCAUCACCAAGGAGGUGGACAAGGUCAACCAGAUCAUCAACAACUGCAUCGACGCCCUCAAGUCCGAGGCCGCGGCCGAGCCCCAGCUGGUGCUGCUGGCCGAGCCGCUGGCCGGCAAGCACGGCUUCCUGUCGCCCGCGUACCAGGACCCCUUCGGCCACGGCCUGCAGCGCCACCACAGCGUGGAGGGCGCCCCGGGGCCCCCCCGCACCAGCACCUCCUCCAGCAGCUCCUCUCGGAGCCCCAGGGCCUUCGGUACGGAGGCGGCCGGUGCGCACAAGGCCGCCGCCUCCGAGGCCAAGUACAUCGAGAAGAGCUCGCCCGCGGCCGACACCAUCCUCACGGUGACGCCCGAGGCCGCCGUGCUGCGGGCCGAGGCCGAGAAGGGCCGCCCGUACGGGGAGCACCGGCACUCCUACCCCGGCUCCCACCCUGUGGAGUCGCCCUCGCCACCGGGGACCCUGCCCCCCGAGGGCCUGAGCGGCCGCAAGGCAUCCAUCCUGGAGCCGCUGACCCGGGCGCGGCCCCGCGACCCCGCCUACUCGCCGCUGUCGCCCCAGUACCGCCACCUGCGCUACGCCUCCAGCCCCGAGGCCGCGGCCACCUGCCGGGCCGCCCACAGCAUCUGGGAGCGCCUCCGCCUGAGCCGCCGGCGGCGCAAGGACGGGGAGGAGUGCAUGGCGGCCGGCCACGCGCUGCGCAAGAAGGUCCAGUUCGCCAAGGACGAGGACCUGCACGACAUCCUCGACUACUGGAAGGGCGUGUCGGCCCAGCACAAGUCCUGAGCCGGCGACACGUGACGCCGCCGGACCCAGGGGCUCCGGCCUGCAGCUCUAACCCAGAGACUCUCGCGUGCCGCACACACACGCACACUCACACACGCACAUGCACACUCACACAUUCACACAGGACAGCAGGCGAAGCUGGGGCUCUAUAGAGAAAGCAGGGAGGGGCGCGGACAGUGACAACAGCACAUGGACCUGCCCUGGACACUCACGGGGGGAGGGCCUGUCCACACACGCACAUGUGUGCACACACACUGUACGUUUACACACACUUCACACACGUGUGCACACACUUCA